GGGGUGGGGGGGUCGGACCGUGAACGUGCUCGCUGCGCCUCUGACCGCUCACACUGAGGAGGAAGAGGAAGGAGGAGAAACAGGAGGAGUGUCGGUGCGGCGACUCCGUCAGUCAGUCAGUCAGUAAACAGUCGGUAACCGUCAGUAACGGUCGGUAAACGGGCGGUAACGGACAGUAACGGUCGGUCAGAUGAUGAAGAUGAUGCUGCUUCUUCAGCUCGGUGGUCAUGUGACUUUUUGUGGAGGAUGGCUGGUCAGCGUUAAGUUAGGUUGCAGUCAGCAGGUCUGAAGUGAGACAAGGGAUCAUGGGCGAUGGAGGACCCCUGCAGACUGAGGGGAAUGCCCUCCUCAAAGCCGUCUUUCAGGGGAAGCUGAGGCUGACCCGCCUGCUGCUGGAGGGCGGCGCCUACAUCAACGAGGGCAACGAGCGCGGAGAGACACCCAUCUCUGCUGCCUGUUUGGCAACCUACGAUGACCCGCAAACCCGGCAGAGGAUGAUCCGGUACCUGCUGGAAAAAGGCGCUGACCCAAACAUCCCUGAUAAGAGUGGGAGGACGGCACUGAUGCACGCCUGUGCUGAGCAGGCAGGGAAGGAAGUGGUUUCGCUUCUGUUGGAGAAUGGAGCUGAUCCCAGCCUCAAAGAUUACUCCGGCUCCUCUGCCCUCGUCCACGCCAUCAACAAGGGGGACCGCGACACCCUGCAGGUCCUGCUGGACGCCUGUAAGGCCAAAGGCAAGGAGGUGAUCAUCAUCACCACUGAUACGUCUCCAUCAGGCACCAAGAAGACCAAACAGUACCUCAACUCUCCCCCCUCCCCGGGCAUCGUGGACAAGCUGUCUCCAGCCUGCAUGUCUCCUUCUGAGGUGGAGAUUGGCACCUCCUCGCCGGCAGGAGACAAGAGCGAUGAAGGAAUCUUCAGCUUCGCCCUCACAUCGGCUUUACCUUUACCUUCAGCUCGACCUCCAGGUGAGAAGAGACCGCCACCUCGCAAGCUCCUGAAGAGGUUGAACUCGGAGCCCUGGGGUCUGGUGGCGCCCUCAGUGCUGAGUGGGGUUCCUCAGGACCGGGUGGAUGGAGGACUGGAGGAGGAGGGCAGCUGUGAUCUCAGCAGGACAAUCACUGAGAUUAAUGGCAUGUCCAUCACAGAACCAGUCAGACCUCUGCUAUCACGGCGGCACAGCAUUGAGACCCACGAUCCCUGCUCCCCCAAACUCAUCGACCGGUCCUGCUCAGAAGACUGCACAGCCCUCUCUGGCUCCUGGGCCGACAAAGUCCAACAGCACCAGAUCCUGUACCGCAGGAACACAGCCCCAGAGUCCCAGGAGAAUGCUGGCGGACCUGGGUCAGUCAUGUCCCGGGCCCUGGCUCACCCAAAACUAACCCGGAUGGAACACUACGAGUCAGAAACCCACCUCUGCCCAGAGUCCAUCCCCGGAUCUCCAGAUUCUGGCCGGGUGUCUGUGGAGCGGAGGAGGUACAAUGCCUCCCCCCUGUCCCUGGUUACCAGCUCCUCCAGGGAGUCUCUGGAGAACAUACCCAACUCUGUGUCCCCCAUCACCAUGCGCCGGCGUCCCCCAGGGCUCCUGGAACGCCGGGGCUCCGGGACUCUCUUGCUGGAUCACAUCUCCCACACCAGGCCUGGUUUCCUGCCUCCACUCAACAUCAAUCCCCAGAGACCCAUCCCUGACAUCCGGGCCAAUGGCAAGCCCACCUCUCCAGUCCACUCCGGACACAAGAUCCUGGUGCCAGUGGCCCCGGCCUCGCCCAAACGGGGCCCAGACUUCAAGAUGAAGAAGAAGCUGAUGAGGAGACACUCAAUGCAGACGGAGCAGAUGAAGCAGCUCUCCACCUUCCAGGAGAUCCUGGCAGAGAAAGUCAUCGAGUCCAAUGGGGAUUGAUGACAGGAGACAUCAGAGCAAGGCAUGAUAGGUAGCUGCAGAUACUUGUUACUGUGGAGCUUCUGCAUCCAAUCAGCACCUCACUGAUGAACUCUGUGACACAUUUAAAACCAUGUCCUGGUAUUUAUGGAGGGCUGCACCCACAAGACCUUUAUUAAACUGAGGGAAAUGUUCAGUCAGAGUUCAGUUAAACCAGGUUUAAAGGUAAACUUUGUUUAGAAACAGUAAUCUCUGGGUCUUAGGUUAAGAUUAGUUUCUUCUAAUGGUUUAAACUGAAGAGAGAUCUAUAAGUGCUGCAUCAAAGGUAACUGGACAUCCUGAAGAUCCUGUCGAUGUCUGACUAUCAAAACUUAUUUACUUGUUCUAAGAGGUGGGGUCAUAUUACACCUGUUUUAGCUGCUUCAGACUGGUUAUCUGUUCAUGUAGGAAUUUUACUUUUAGGAUUUUACUGCAGACUGUUACAGAAUUGCAUUGCUACAGCACAGACCUUGAGAUCCUCUUAGCUAACUUAGCUUAGUUAAUCUGCCCAGUUGCCUCUGACUCAGCACCUCUAACGUCCUCUGAGCUCUGAGCUGGACGAAUCACAAACCAGACUACAGAAAUUACGACCCCCAAAAUAAAACGGUCACUGCCACCUGCAGGUAUUUUAAAAAAACAAAAAACUAAUUUCACAGAGAUAUAAGUUUGAAAGUCUCCAACAUUUGUCUCCUUGUAGCAGCGGAAAAACUCCAGUCAUGCAGUCUCCUGCUCUGUUAAUUUAGUUUAAACUCUGGACGAUGAGGAUCAGGGGAUGUGGCUGAAAGUUUUGAAGAAACUUAAAGAAAGGUUAGAAAUUAAUCUCUUCACUGCAGAGCUACCAAACUCUAAAACUCAACUGGUCCAGGUAUUGGUCAGACAAAACAUGGAAAUUGAAAAUAAAUCUGUUUCCUGUUUUCUGACAUUUUAACAAACUAACUCUAUGAAUCAAGAAGAUAAUCAGCUGAUUAAGUGAUUUUUUGGGAUGCAACAUAAUCAGUACAACAUUAAUUUAUCUACUGGAUCGGCUGCAUUUUGUCAGAUAUUUUUCAGAACAAUAAGUUUGUAGUUGAAGGCAGGUUAAAGCAGAUUGUUGGUGCAGCUCUCCUCAGGAAGCCUUCUGGGUUAAAAAUCAGUUUACAUUCCUGAUGCUUCCUCUGAACUCCUCAUCAUUUAUCCACCUCUGUCAAAAAUUGAUGAAUCUGACUUGUUCGAUGUUUACAGAUGCACUAUUUGCACUGAGGUCGUGUCAUUUUCCUGCUGGUGACGGAUGAAAACAUGAACCUUCUGCUGGAGCUGAAGAGAAACUGAGAUUAUUUCAUGGUGUGAAGGUCAGCUCUGAAAACUGACUCUCAUUUUUUCAUUAACAAAACUAACAUAUUUAUUUUCAUUCAUUUAUAAGCUCCUGUUCUGAUUGAAGAUGUGUGAAACUACAUACUGCGCUGUACGUACUGUAAUUAUCUACACACUAGUCAAUAUAAUAGUUGGUAUCUCUGUGUAAAUGAAUUGUCUUUAUUUUACAGUUCAGAGGGAUGUUUGAACCACGUCUCUCUGCUUUAACCUCCUCAGUGCUGAGAACACUGAGGUGAUGUUUUGAUCUAAUUUAUGUUGAGAUGCAGUGAAAUGAAGCCUGGCUUUAUUGUUUAAGAAAUUCCAAAGAAGUCGUGUGGACGAUUUGAACCAAAACCUGCUGAGACUGUAAAUACUAUAAAGAUCCAUCUGUGCAACAGCCUGUACUGUAACGUCAGUCCUGAAGCACUUCAUCUGGUUCAGCACUAGGGGGUGCUGGAGGACAGUUAAAGGAACAGUCCCACAUUUUCUCUCUCCUCUCCAGAGUCUGAGAAAAAGCUGGACGUCAGCUUCGUCUCUGAGUCCAGGACAGAAACUGUUGUCUGAAAACAACAUGCUUCCUAGCUGACAAAAGCAAGAAUGAAUUAAUUAAAAAACUCCACUGAGUCAUAAAAUGGCUGUAGUCCUCCAUAACUAAAGGUGCUCUCAGACCCCUGCUGUCACCUACAGCUAACACAGCAGGAUGUAGGUUAAAGCACAGAACGCCUGGUUAGUAAGUUUUACUAACUAAUACCAUAAACCUAUUUAUUGUCUGAGAGGAGAUGAUCAGACUGUGGAGCUGAUUGGUCUGAAUCACUCAGUGAACUCAUCAGCUCCUGGAUCAUUUUCCUCGCUCUCAUUCCUGUGGUUGCCAUGGUUACACAGCAAGCAGUGUUCCCAGGUUGGACAGUUUUCUACUUUUUCAUAAACUGAAUGGUAGAGAUUGAUUUGGACAGUUAGUGCAGUUUACACCUACAAAACAUUUGGUUGUUGGAGGAGCAGAAGGAGGGAGGUGAGGGGGACAGGUGUAUCCAGGUAUUCUAAAAACUACAGGAAGUUAGUUGAGGAUAUCGUUACCUCUGAUCAUCCAGAAAAAAAGCUCAGAAGAAACAAAAGCUGCAGAACUUCAUUCAGAAUCCUCCCGUUUUUCCUUUCCUUCAGUAUCACAGUGAUCCAGUAACAACAGGAGCUGAUGACAAAGAGUUCACCUGCUGUUAAUCAGACACUCUGACUGAAUGUGAACAGAAACAGGAUAAAAAUCAGGAGAUGGUCCCACCCACUGACAGCCUUCAGUCAAAAUGUUUGAUAACCUAAAUUAGAUUCUUCUAUUGUUCCAUGUUUAUUUUGGUUUUAAAUAAGCUGGACUCAUACUGGAUUUUUAUCCAGGUGUAUCUGUGAUAGGGGUUUACAGCUAUGUCAUCUGUAGAUGUUUUUUCCAGCUGAGAGAUACGAUAAGAUUCUAUCUCCAGCUCCAACUCAGACAUGAAUGUUUGUUUCUCGCUCAGGCAUUGUAAUCACAGACUGAUUGAUUUGUAACUGUAAUUGUAAUUUAUUUAUUUGAAUAGGGACAGUGCACAGUAAAAUAUUAUCUGUGUAUAAAACAAGGAGAGAUGCCUUGUACUGGGUUUUAACAAUUGCUAAUUUCUACCUGUAGUCCCUGAGCAGGUAGAUGGAAUAAAUUAAUGAUAUGAUGUGAACACCUCAUGGAUCUACAGAUCUUCAUCUGAAACCUCAGACUCUGGAGAGGACAGAGAUUUAUAGAAAUGUUAAAAUGUUCAUUUACAGUUUUAAUAUAAAGACCAGAGGCUCCUGAAUGCCUCACUGAGGGACUCGACGUGAUACUGAGGACAGAGAUAAAGAAGAUUUACUGAAAGGUUUGACUGUUUCUGUAAAGGUCGUUGAAAUGAAACUCUCUGAAUCUCUCCAUAAUAUGUGGAUAAAGUCGGACUGAAAUUGUAAUGAUUUUAAAGAAGCCUCCGCUGGACGCUGAGCAGACGUCAGAGUACAAAGAUAAUUCACGUAAAGUUUCACUCUCUGACACUUGUUCAAUGUUCAUCAGUCAGAGGUUUUGGGAAUAUUUAAAUGCCUGCUCAGUCUGUUCUCCAGUCUGAUCUGGACUGGAUCAGUCUGGUUUAAACUGGACUUAAUUCUGAUUCAGACUGGUUUAAACAGGUUUUCCGAUGGGUUUAAACUGAUCAAACUUGAGUUAAUCAGACUGGUUGAAACUGGUUCAGACUUGAGUUAAGUGGAUCAGACUCAGACUGGUUGAAACUGGACCUUGUUGUUGUUGUUGGUAGAUACUUGAAGUUUAAACUAAAACAAAGUAUUUUUGUAAGCCUGUCAGCUGAUAGAAACGUCUCUAAUGAAUCUGUGAUCUAUUUUUCUUCUUUCACUUUGAUUGUAACUCAAACUGUGGAAUAAAAACAUCUGUUUCAUGUUCAA